CUCGAAAAGGAGCUCCUCUGUCACUUUCGUUUCAAGGUUGCCCACAAAGAGAGUACGAUCCGCUUCCGCUGCCGCCGCCCCCAUCUCAGCAUCGCCCCCUCCCGAAAAAGGCCGAAGGGUCACCGCCGACGCACCCACUGCGCACUCUCAGAAACCCCACGUCCUCGCGCUCCCAGGCGUCACAGACGUAAACGUCAAUCACGUCGGCUCUCAGCGGCGUCAACGUGCGUUGACGGACUGCGCAUGCUCAGGAGGAGAGCGCUGGGUUAAAGUGGGUCUUUGAUCUGCAGACGCUCAGGUGAUGGCUUCCGAUGAAGUCGGUCUCAGUGUUGGAGACCGGCUGGACUGAUCAGUGGAGCCGCGAAGAGUCUGCCUUGGCCGUGGGACGUAACACAAAUACUGCGGGCAGUGUUUGAAGAUGGCCCUGAACUAUGUGUCCCUGUCUGCCGGCGAUCGAAGAGGCCUGGUGGCCUACCGCUCUUCCCACGGCGACCUCAGCUCGUCGGCCUUAGCGUUGGCGAUGGUCUCUGGAGACAGCUUCCUCGUUACCAGUCCCGAGGAGAUUCUUCCAGAACCUAUUCUUCGGUCCACUGUGCGGCUGAACUUCCGGACCGAGAGCCGUCUGGCGCCUGGUGGCGGCAGGAGCCCGUCCCGCUUUACAGAGGGAAGGGAGCAGGAGGCGCGGAGCCGAAGCCGCCAAGCCAGAUUCUCACCUUACCCGGGCCGUGCGGUUAAACUCGACCUCCUAAGAAGUGUCCUGCAACAGCGUCUGGUGGCACUUGGAGGUGUUAGCGCAGCCCGUCUUUCAGCUUAAAAUGAAUACCUCUUCUCCGCCCCUCAGCUUGUGAACAAGGCUUCUCUAAAAUACUUUUUUGGUGCAACCGAAGUCUUAUUUUUAGAGGACGUCUUUUCAGUUUAAUAUAAAAAUGCGUGGUAGUCCUGUUACUCUAGCCUAGCGCAAAGUAAAAUGUUUACAGUUACUUGAUUCAGAUGGUUUUAAACAGCCAUGAUGAUCAGAUCGGAAGGGAGGAGCAGCAGAGAUUUUUUUUGAGGUAGUCACAAAGGAUGGGAUCAUCCUUCCCAGAGGUCAGUAAUCCUUUUAUCCUCCCAACAAUGGAUCCAAAUUUGUCUUGCUUUCCACAGGUCUUACACCUCCUCCCUGGCAGAUUCUCCUACUUUGAGACUUAUAAUUCCGAGUUUCCUUACAUGCCUACCCUUCUACCUCAGAUUAUUCCCUCUGCCUUUACUUCCGUUGGUUUAUUACUGUGGCAUAUCCUCCCACCUAUGGCCCAACACUUCUAUCAUCUUGUCCUUAAAACUUCUUCCAUUCCCCUCCUCCACUUUUUCUUAAGGAAUAUCUACAAACUUCAGUCUCUACUAAAACAACAAAAGCAAAACCUAAACCUUGCUCCUCUCUCAAAUUAUUAAACCAAUUUACAUUUCUUUAUUUGCCAAAAGUUCCAAAUGAAUUUUUACACUUAUAUUUGUCACUUUAUUGCUCACAUUCAAUCCCAGCUUCCUUAAUCUGAAUCUUGUCCCAAACUAUACAAAAAUUGGAAACCUUCAUCUUACAGUUUCCUCUUAGGAAGCUGCUCAUCUGUUCACUCUAGCAUCUUCCUUAAACUUUCUCGUUUGUCUUUUGCCAUUCCACUAUUAAAUAGUAUUUGAAGAUCUCCUCAGUGCUAAGCACUGUGGAUGAACUUUACAUAGCCCUGCUAUCAAGGAGAUCAAGGAGUGUACUCAAGAUGGAGAGGCUAAUAAUCACCACACUGGACUGUUCAUUAGGUGCAGUGAUGAAAAUAAACCUUCGUUGCCAUGGCUCUCCGUAAUACUGCACUAUCCUGGUUCUUCCCUUAUCUGGCUGAUCGCUCCUUAUCUGCUCAUAAUUUUGUCUUAACCAUACAUUCUCCAAGGUUUAAAGGGUGGUAUUGGGAGAAAUCUAGUAGGUUUUGUAAGUGGCAACUCUUUAUGUAAGCAGGCAGUGUAGCUUUUUCCCAGCGGACUGGGGUCUGUAAUUACGUUCAGAUAAGCAAAAUUACCACACACCAAACAAUUGAAUUGUGAGAACUGCAUUUUAAGAAUAUUGACAAACCAGAGAGCUUCUGUAAGAGUGAUCAAUAGAGUGAGAGGUCUGGAAACCAGGUCAUAAGAAAAUCGUUUGAAAAGAUAGUAGCUAUGCGUAAUAUGUGCAAGGCAAUGUGCUAGAGGCGAUUAUUCAUUGUUUAUUCAGAUAUUUAUUGAGCACUUACUCUGUGCCUGCUAGUAACUGUGCCUGCUAGUAACUAUGUUAGGCAGUUAGAAUAAAGUGGUGAACAAGAUAGAUACGGUCUCUGCUCUUAUGGAGCUUUAUGUAUGUCAUCUAGUUCUCACAACAGCCCAUAACAAAAGUAUUAUGCUUUCAUUUUUUUGCCAAGAAACCAAGGCACAAAGAGAUGAAGUAAACUUUCCAAGGUCAUACAGCUAGAUAGAGCCUUGUAGCCAUUCAACCCAGGUUGCUCAUUUGAAUCACGAAACACCAAAAAUGACUUGAGUGACUUUUCUCAAUUCUCGCAAAGAUAGUAGCUAACUAAUGCUAUUCUAUCAAUAGAUAUCUGAAAAGAAGUUAAUUCAUAAUAUAUGGAUUCCUUAGGCUGGGUGUGGUUGAGAAAGAAUCCCAAACCUACAUGCUAAGAAUUUUAGAUUGGGAAAGAAUAAUAAAAUUAAGGCUGACGGUAAGAAGGAUUUUCAUAAAACUUAGAGAUGCCUGAUGGUGGAAAAUACCACCUCACAGGGUAAUAACUCUCCAAAGUUCACGUAGAGGCUAAAUUCUGUCAAGUAUGAAAUAAGACUUCUUAUUUUAUAAGAUGAAAAGUUAUAAAUGACUUCUUCAGUUCUUUCCCAUUUAACCUUUAAUUCUAUACCUUAAAUCAUGAACUUGAUUAAAAUUGAAAAUGGAGAAUUGGGGGGGUGAGAAGUGAAAAAUGAGGUAUACAUUUUUGUAUAGGAUGUAUACAUCCAAUACAUAGGAUGACCAUAUUUACUGUGUAAACCAGGGCACUUGAGAGGGGAAGGCGGGCUAUCAAUUAAUUAUGCUUAGGCAAUAGGCAUAAAUAGGGGCUGCCCUAGGGCUCCACGUUGGAUCAUAUCACCCUAGGAGAUGGUACAACAUUAAAUACAUCUUUGAAGCCAUAUUCCUUAGCUUCAGGGAAAGAAGGCUGAGAUUUGUAAACAAAGGAGCAAAAGUUUGGCAUAAACGUGCACAAAAGCACACAAGAGGAAGAGGAUCCAGUGGGAGUGACUUGAUUUCUGUUUGUUCUCACAUAGGGUCAUCAGGAGUAGGGCUUUGAUUGAAUAAUAAACAGUGUAUAUGUGCCAGAAAGAAAAUGAUAUGAAAAAAAUUUGUUUGUUAAGAGGAGAACCUUGUUCACAUUAAUGCUCCAUCAUUUUAUUUUUUUUGGCUGCAGCACGCGGCAUGUGGGAUCUUAGUGCCCCGGACUGGGAUCGAGCCCUCGGCCCCUACAGUGAGAGUACGGGAUCUUAACCACUGGGCCACCAGGGAAGUCCCGAUGCGCCAUAAUUUUAAAUCUGAGCCGAUGGAUGUCUAAAUUCUCCUUGUUCUUAACAUCUGCACUGGUGUCCAAGUUACAGCAUCUGCCUAGAGUCACAAAGACUAUUGUGGAAGCAAGGACCAACAUAAACCUCUUUAAAUGAAACAACUAAGUUUUCCCAAGAGUAGUCCAUGUUAUUAAAAAUCCAUGUUAGUGUACAAAAUUACUUUUAAUUUAAUAUCACUGCUUAAGUAUAGCAUGUUGUCAUUCUAAAAUAGAUGAAUUUUCUAAGACAAAAAAUAGUCCCCCAAAUUAAUACUUCCAUAAGUUUUUAAAAAGCCAUGGUAACUUCCUUUUUGUUCUAAUUGGCCAUUUUUUUUAUAUCAUACUAAGCAACUGACUAGUAUGUGUCAAAGGGAAGUCCUAUUAGUAUAUUUACUUCCUCUGUUCAUCAGCUCUAAAACUCUUAAAAAGAAUGCCCAUUUGGGGUAUAGAAAAAAAGGAGGCCAAGGAGAUUUUCCCUUAAUAGCCAGAUUUGGUGCUAAGCCUAAUUGUAAGAGGGGUAACUCAGCAGGAAGAAAAGAAAAGGAGGAAAGUCCUAUGGGAGGGAAGAGUAGGUAGACUUAAUGGUGAGGCUCAACUGUAUUUCGAACAAAAUUGUGUCAUUUAUUCCUUUGAUGAACCUGUCUAGAUCCCACUUAGGUGCAGCUUUUAUCUUCCUAAUUUCCAUGAAAAGUACUCUCAUUUUCCUAGCCAACCAAAUGUGUAAGUUUGAGUAUCUACAACUUCAUACCACCUAUUUCCUAUCUUUAUCGCCUGUGUCAAUUCGAUUGCAAAGUCCUGCUCAUUUUAUCUUCACAAUGUAUUUAUGUUAUGUUUCCAUAUAUACUUUCAUCACCUGGACUGUAUUUACCUGGACAUCUAUCCCGUUUUGUUUGCUUCUGUCUCUCUGCAUCCUAAAUAUAUAUAACUCCAGAUCAAUAAGCCCAAAGCAUCUCUCUCUGAUCGCAUAGUUAAACUAUAACUUUACAGUACCAUAAACUCUUCCAGUGUUUCCCAUAGUAUAUUCCAUAGAACCUCUACUAGAAAUACAAGAUACUCUUUGGAAAAAAGACGAGGUCGAUAAAAUUGACAAAUGCAUGUUUUAUCACCUUCUUAGGGUGCCAUAAUGUGUAAUAACAUGUUAAAGGGUCUGAUAAUUCCUUUAGAAAAGGAAACCUGUGUAACUUCAUUUUAACCAAUGAUUCACAAAUUUGUCCAUAAAUUAAAAAGUUUUGCAUACUACCUAUCUUCCUGAGGAGCCUCAGUUCUACAGAAACAAUUAAAAAUGCUGCGUACCUAAGAAGCUCCAUUGGCUCCCCACGUCAGGUAUUAGAAAUGGAUUUUUAUAUGGUGUGGCAGAAUUUAAUAAAGUUUCCAGAUUGUUAUGAGUUAUGCAAGUGGGUUGGUUUCCUCACUCAUGAUUUGACAAAGUUCAACCCCAUCUUUAUUCCACAUGGUUUCUGGUACCUGUCUAUGUCCUUGGUGAUUGGGUGGGAGGAUGGAGGCAAGCGUGCAGCUGCAGAUUCCCAGCCACUGAGGACCAAGACUGGCUUUGUUACUAAGGAAAGGCGUUAGGAACUUCCCCUGAUGAAUACGGGUAGGUGCCGUUAUUAAGUAUGCUAAUAGUGUAAUGUUAAAAAAAUAAUUGUUUACUUGGCUUUUAUUUCACUGGAAUAUCUGAAGGCAGCCCUACUUCAAAAUACACUUCUUCUGAAUCAGAGGGGAAAAAUAAUUGUCUUCAUCUUCCCAGAGACCUGAAAGUAACUGAAGCAGUGCAGCUUUAAAAACUGCACACUCUAUAAACAGACUUUUAAGACUUUCCGUAAUCUGACCAAGCUAUAUUGCCAGCCUUCUUUCAUGUUCUUAAUUCCCCCGGGUGGCUGCUGCUCUUUUCUGCCUUUGUGUCUAUGCCUAUCCUAGACCUUUUAACUAAGUUGCUUGUCCUUCUCAUUUUCUGCCAGUUAAAUUUUUAUCCAUCCAGAUUGGUUAAAGUUUUUACUGUUGCAAAAAAUGGACUGUAUUGACUCACAGAACUGGUAAAGUGUGGUGACUUCUGGUAUUCUGUCUACCUAACAACUAGUUAUCCUUCAUCUAUAGGAGCACCUUGGUUUUUCCUUUCCUUGGAACCUUCUGCCUCAUCCUCUGUUCAUGUAUUUGGGGUGAGGCUUCACACCUAACUCCAGGGAUAGAGGUAUAAUCUAUUUCUUACCUCCCCUACUACAUUGUCGGAGGGCAGACAACUUGCCUAAAUUUAUCUUUGUAUUUAUUCGUACCUAUUAAGUGCCCAAAGAGUAGAUAUUUCAUAAAUGCCUGUUAAAUGAAUGAAUGAACUUCACAGAUAGGCUAUUUCUCCUUGGAAUCAAAAUCGCAAAAUGGAACAUUCCAGGAAGGCAAGUGCAGGAAUAAGAGUAAUUGUGAUAAGAUAAAUUAAGCUUUCUUCAAUUAAAAAAAAAAAGCCAUGCCUUUGUAUCUUACCUGGUUUUAUCUUGUUAGACUGAGAACUACACUCUUUUCACUUUCUGUAUUUUAAUUGGAGGCCAAAUGUGAAUAUUAUUCUGACCUAUAACUAUACCAUUUAUUUAACCAUUCUCCAAGAGCUGAGUAUUUAGUAUUGUUCUAAUUUUUCACUAUAUUAAAUAAACACCUCAGUUUAUAAGUAAAAAAGUAA